AUGAAUGCGGCAACAUAUCCGGGUACUGCUAUCCCAGAACUAACCGACAGCCAGAUCAAAGAAAUAUUCCUCUUUCUAGACACCCAAUUCGACGAGGGAUUGAUGGCAUACGAAUCUAGCGAUCCUGUGGGGAUUCCACUCCUGGCAACCCUGGGGUUCAGUGCAAUUCUGAGCACGAUUCUUGCUGAUGCUACCUUGAUAUGGCGCUGCUGGAUCGUCUGGGGUCGGUCACGGCGCGCUGUGCUCAUUCCGAUUGUCUGCACCACCUUCGUGAUCUCGGAACUGACCAAGACCAACUUGUUAUUUACCUCAGCCCUAAAUAUUGUGAAUGUUGUGAACUGGGCGGUCCUAUACUCCUCGCUCAUACAAGCCACCCUGCUGUGGUGCAUGAUUCUCAUCAUUUAUCGUAUUCUGAAAGUAGGCGGUGUGUCUGCAGGGAUGGGUGUGUAUCACAGAGUGAUAGAGAUGCUUGUAGAAUCGGCUUCUCUCUACUCUGCAGUGAUAGUUAAGCGCCACGGCGUCGUCGCUUCCACUCCAAAAUCACUGGAGUUCGCAGGAUGACGGCCCAAUGAGUGAAUCUGGAUGAGACACAUCUCGGUGCAUAAGACCGGACUUGGAGGAGGGCUUGGAGGAGAGUACACAGAGUUAAGACUGGAGGGCGC